AUGGCGCUGGAGAAAUAUGGUCCUCAUCACCCGACGAUCAUCGAGUCGAAACAUAUCAAAAACCUUUACGAGCUCUGGGGAAUCGAUUAUACCGUUGGGAUUGAAGCACCCGAAGAUGGGGAAAAUCUGGAGACUGUGAGGCCGGGGUAUUGUGGGGCCUAUACAUCGCAUUUUCAGGACGGAGGUUUGUCAUUUCCUCUUCCCCGCUUCCUUCUCGAAGCGCUCACGGAGCUUGGGAUGGCUUUUGCCCAAAUGGCGACUAAUUUCUGGCGCUAUUUCUUGACAUCGUGGAUCCGAGCCAGGGAGGAGGGUCUUAGGUUCAGCCUUGAAGAGUUGAAGAAGUUGUUUUCUAUUAAGAGGAACAAUGGCUUUCCAGGAACGAUGAUUCUUGCUUAUCGGCCUAGCCGUUCUGUUAUAGAUGACAUUCCUAACAGGGAUAACCGGUGGAGGGAGAAAUUUUUCGUUUUUAAGAUUAAUCCAGCGUCGGUCGGCGACUUUGAUUUUGAGACAAUCCCGAGGGUAUGGUCUGACGAGAUUGAACCCUUUGGUUCCGCGCCUAUGACUCCCGAGCUUCGAGGGCUAAUCGCCACUUUGCGCCGGGGUAGCCCUCGAUGGCUCGCAUUCACCGUAGAUCGAAUUCGAGCUGCUUACACUCUUCCGCCGGGUGAAAACCGUGCUACUCCCGUUGGUUCGGUGGGGCGAGGGAGAAGGAGGUGCUACCCGCCCGUUCUGACGAGUCUUCCGAAGUCGGGUCGUUGGAGCGAGACUCAAUCUCCCGGUCUUUUGGCUAGGCCGGUGUCGAUCGCCGUUCCCGUAGAUGGGGCUCGGAGGGCGCCGAACGCUUCAACUGGUUCUGUCGGUGAUCAAGCUCUCAAUGACGAUAUUGAUUCGUCGACUCACCGGUGCCGACGUCGAUCUCUCGAAGAGAUUAACUCUGUGAAUUCAAAUUCCCCGAGCUCAGAGCUUCCUCUGCCUUACGAGCUUCUGGCAAAGGAGACCUCUUCGUGGAGAUUUUCGUAUUUCAACGAGGUACCAAUCCUUGAGAACCCCGAAGGUCUUGCUCUGAUUUGGCGCAAGAUCAGAGAGAAGGGAUGUGAGCUUCCUCCUCUGGAUGAUAUGCGUGAGCGUGAUGCUUACGUGCGGAUGGCGGUCGCGAAUGCUAAGGCUAUGGAGGCGAGUAAUGAAUACGCCGGUUUGGUGGAGAAGCACUUGGCUGACUUUUCGAGUAAAGUGGAGGUCGGAAGUCACCUUCUCACGAUUCAACAGCUUCGAGGUGAGUUGGAGACCGUUCGAGUAACAGAGAAGCAGCGUGUGGUCGAGGUCGAGGGAUUGAAGGGGAAGUUGGUUGCUACUGAGGUGGAGAAGUCUUGCUCGUCGUCUCUUGCCCAAGAGUAUGACGCGGUUCUUGCCGUGGUGAAGGACAAGCUUUGGAAGAAGAAGGAAGAGACGACUGCAGAAAUUCGCUUGCAGGAGGUGAGAGCUCGCAUUGAGGCUUUGACCGAGUACAGCGAAGGCGGUUUCGAGCUUGAAGAGGAGUUGGGGCGUCUUAAAGACCGGGAGAUCUCGCUUGAUCUUGAUUAUGGUGUUGCUUCGGUGUCAGAUCCUUCCCUUAGUCGCCUCGAUCUUCCUGAGGUUUCUGGUGAUUUGGUUGAUCAAGAAUGA